AUGAAUGUGCCUUUGGAGGAGGCACUUGAGCAGAUGCCGGGAUAUGCUAAAUUUAUAAAGAAUCUUGUGACAAAGAAGAGAGCAGUAAGCUAUGAACCGAUAGAUAAUAUCCACCAUUGUAGUGCUAUUUCUAUAAAAUCCUUGGUGCAAAAGAAGGAAGACCCAGGAGCAUUCACCAUUCCUUAUACUAUUGGGUCUCUUGACUUUUCUAAGGCCUUAUGUGAUCUUGGAGCGAGCAUUUAUCUGAUGCCGCUAGAUUUUUAUAAGAAGUUAGGUUUGGGGUAUCCUACACCCACAAACAUGCGACUUCUAAUGGCGGACAGAUUAGUAAAGCGACCUGUGGGAAUAUUAUAUGAUGUGCUAGUGAAGGUGGCCAAUUUUAUAUUUCUCGCAGACUUUGUUAUUCUAGAUAAAGUGGUUUAA